UCAAUUUCAUCACGGAGAGACCACUCAUUCAAUUUUUAUAGUGAAGUUUUAUAUUGUAACAAAACUUAGACUAUAAAAUGAGCAAAGUAGUACAAUCAGUGGUUCUUUGCAUCAUACUUGCCUGUAUGUAUGGUACACCAGCACACACUAUGAGUACCCAGGAUGUCGAGAAUUCUCAACACAAGAUGAAGUUUGAGGAAUUGUUCGUUGUUGAAUUUCGAAAUUUAUCUGAAACAUUUGAACAAACGGAUGACGGCAUUAAAAUAGAAGUAGAGGCUCUAAAAGGGUCCAGUGCUUUGACAGUCUUCACUGACGUCACUUAUGGACUACUCAUUUAUCGAUACAAUGGCGAUGACAUUUGCUAUAUAUCAAGCCUAGCGGAGUACAAUGAUACCAGAUCGGCACAAGAAAACCCUUCAAGUAUGUUCAAGUACAGGUUGGAACCAAUUUCAGAAAUUAACCAUCAUUACUUCAGCUACACGGCUACUGAUUCCAUGAAACGCAUUUGCAGUGGCACUAAAAACAUAUUAUGGAGUAAAAUUGAUGCUGAGGAUGAGAAGGAAACGCGUCAGAAACGUUUUAAUUUUUGUAGUCUGCCUGACUGCGACAUGUGUCGCAUAUUUCGAGUUCGCUGCGAUUGGAAUUGCCGUGAAUUUUGUCGAUUUUUUGGUAGAAUAUAGUUUAUUUCCACUUGAUAGGGUAGGCAUAUAUAACGAAUGAAUAACAAUUGGGAAUAUUAAAUUUGUAUAGAUUGAGCAAAUGAAUAGCAUGUGUGAUCAUGACACACAUUGCGGGUUUACACUAACAUUUAAUUUUCAUUAAUAAAAACCUAUUCAUUUGCAUUUAUAUUAGGAAUAAAUACGUUUUUGUCAAUGAAUUAUACAAUGCCUUUUAUAAAAAUACAAAGAAAGUGAAAAGUAGGAAAAAAAAAUCACUAAGUGAUAGAAAUUCGACUGUUCGACUGAAUUUCCUUUCCACGACCAAGACAACUCCACUACCUAGCUAAGCUUCAUAAUGAUGCUUAGUUUAUGUGAAUAUGGUGUUUAUGUUUCUCUUGUGAAGACAUAUGCCACUUAUAGUGACUUAGUUCACUGCUUGUCAUUUUUUGGCCUUCGGCCUAAAAUCAGUUAAAAAAUAAAUUAAUAAAUAGAUGA